AUCGCGAUCUGUCUGCACUGAAUUUUGUUCCCGAUUUUUCCCGAUUAAAACCUUUUAACACAAUUAUGACAUGUAAUUGGUUCCUGUCACUUGCAGGGGCAGUGACAUUGGUAAAGAUGCUAUUAAUACCCGCCUAUCAUUCUACUGAUUUUGAAGUACACAGGAACUGGUUGGCCAUCACGCACAGUUUGCCAUUGUCAAAAUGGUACAAUGAGGCCACCUCAGAAUGGACUUUGGACUACCCUCCCUUCUUUGCAUAUUUCGAACGCUUCCUGUCCAUAUUUGCUGGAUGGUUUGACCCGAAUAUGUUGGUGAUACAAAAGGAAGCAUAUGACAGUCCUGCCACUGUCUUUUUCCAAAGGCUGUCUGUCAUUGUGGCAGACAUAUUGUUCAUGUAUGGAGUCAAGCAGUUAUGUGAGCAAGUUGUCAAGUACAACAAGCCUUUGGAGGUGAAAGACUUCGCCAGUCACCCGUCGUUCAUCCUUGCUGUGCUUCUUGUGGGGAAUUUCGGACUUUUGCUUGUCGAUCAUAUUCAUUUCCAGUAUAAUGGUUUUCUUUUUGGAAUGCAACUGUUAUCCAUAGUCAACAUUUGGCAGGGUAAUGACCCGUGGGGUGCAUUUUGGUUUGCCACACUGCUGAACUUCAAGCACAUUUACUUGUACGUUGCCCCAGCCUACUUCAUCUAUUUACUUCGGUGCUACUGUUUCAGACAAUCAUAUAAAGAUGCCAGUGUCAUGUGGACUUCCUUGUCUAUUUCUCGGCUUUUUCUCCUGGGUGUGAUAGUCGUCACAAUAUUUGGUGUUUCAUUCGGACCCUUUGUUUUCCAGAUGGAGCAAGUCCUGUCCAGACUUUUCCCGUUCAAGCGAGGACUGUGCCAUGCCUACUGGGCUCCAAACUUCUGGGCUCUCUACAACUUUAUUGAUAAGGCUGCUGCCAUAGCGGCUAUAAAAGCUGGACUCCUCACUCGCGACUCCAUCGCAGUUGGUACAAUGACUGGAGGAUUGGUUCAGGAAUUCCAGCACACAGUACUUCCGUCCAUAGGUCCGGCGGUCACAUUUGUUCUGUCUGUGUUAUCUAUAUUGCCGUGCCUAUAUCACUUAUGGCGAUACCCAAAUGGACCCCUAGGCUUCCUGCGGUGUUUGACACUCUGUGCGCUAGGAUCGUUCAUGUUCGGUUGGCACGUCCAUGAAAAAGCUAUUCUCAUGGUUACCAUUCCACUCAGCAUCCUAGCCAUCUUGAAUAAGGAAGAAGCUAAUGUGUUCCUACUUCUCUCCAGCACAGGCCAUUUCUCCUUAUUCCCUUUGAUAUACACCACAGCAGAAACUCCAAUAAAAGUGGGUCUGAUGCUGCUCUAUACAAUAUUUGCAUUUUACACGCUUGGGACUUAUCAUAGAUCCAAAUCAUUGUUCCCUCUUCCACUACUUUCCUGCAUCGAGUCUCUCUACAUCCUUGGACUAAUUCCAGUCUACAUCAACUGCAACAUCGUUUACAGCCUCCUCGGACUAGCGGAGAAACUACCAUUUCUACCCCUGAUGAUUACAUCUGUGUACUGUUCUAUAGGUGUUAUAUAUUCGUGGUUAAAACUUUAUUGGAUUGUGCUCAACUCUGGGAAACCUUCCGCCGAGAAGAAAAGGAUAACAUACUUAGGUGAUAAAAGCAAAUAAGCACAAAGCAAAUAUAAACUUUUCUUCCCAGUCUUGUAGCUGUGCUAUUUAAGCUAAUUGUUUUCGCUCAGAGUUAUUUUUUCAGCACGGUCAGAAAUGUGGUAAAUUUCUUCCUGUUUGGCUGCAUUGAGGUAAAAGACAUAUACAGUGGAACCUCCUCAAAGCGGACGCCUCUCUAAGGAGGACAUCCUCUCUAUUGGAGACCGUGGUUUUGGGGUCAAAUCAGUGUUUCUAUACAAUGUGUCCUCUGUAUUCAGGACACCUCCCUAAUAAGGACAGCAUUUGUCCAUCCCAAUGGUGUUUUAAUAGAGAGGUUCUACUGUUGGUUGAACGUCUUUUCAUGCCAAAAUAUUUAUAGUACUCUAAAUCGUGAGAGAGCAGUCACUUGGAAGAAAUAUCCUGCCCACACAGUCAGAACUAGUGCAAAAAUAUUCUACAAACCGUUUAGUCGAGAGUUUUAUCACUGCCAUUGACUUUGUGUUUAUAUUUUUCUUCAUGAAAAUAGUGUAGCCUCAUAUUUUGGUAAAA